AAUUGGUCAACGGAAGACAAAAGAGGAUUGAACGGUAGACGUAGACGACAUUGGAGCGAGUUCCUUUGAGGAGUAACCUGACGAGAACGGAACGCUUUAAUGGACUUACUUAUUAUUGUCGAUUGAGGAAGCCUGACGAGAGAUCCAAUCAUCAUCGGCGAUGGAGGAAUCUACGGCUACGACCACUCAUUACUUGUCAAUUUUCACCAAUUACCCUCUCAUUUCUGCUGUGACGGCUUUCACCAUCGCUCAAUUCAUCAAACUCUUCACUUCCUGGUAUAGAGAACGGAGAUGGGAUCUCAAACAGCUUAUUGGUUCCGGAGGGAUGCCUUCUUCCCAUUCAGCCACUGUCACCUCUCUCGCUGUUGCUAUUGGCUUACAAGAGGGCUUUGGUGGUUCACAUUUUGCCAUUGCUUUGAUCUUGGCUUCUGUUGUGAUGUAUGAUGCUACUGGUGUUAGAUUACAUGCGGGUCGCCAAGCUGAGGUUCUCAAUCAGAUUGUAUAUGAACUUCCUGCAGAACAUCCUCUGGCUGAAAGCAGACCAUUGCGUGAGCUUCUCGGUCAUACCCCUCCUCAGGUUGUUGCUGGUGGAAUGCUUGGAAGUGCCACAGCAGUCACUGGAUACUUGUUUUUCAGGAUAGCUACUAGCUAACGUUAACCACCAAGCAGAGCCAGACUCAACUGGGCCAACUCUUCUGCUUCAUUUCCUUUUGAAGCUGCUGGACAGAAUCCGAACGAAACAGGCUUUCUUCUUCUCUCACUAUAUAUAUAUUCUUACUUAAAGCUAUGAUAUUACCAUUCUAUACUUGAUGUAAAGAAAACUUGGAGCACCAUUACAAUGAAAAGAAUCGUGAUUUUGUUA